GUUUCUCCUUAAUUAUACUGUAGCUCGUUAAUUCUAUACAACGGCGCUAGGUCGGUUGAUACUUGGCUACAUUUUUUAAACAUUGAAUAAUCGACGAACGCCUAUUGUAUUCAACAUCGAGGGCCUAUUUACAAGGUUGUAUGUUAUUUCGUGACGGCAACAAAGAAUAUGUGAAAUAUUUGAGGGUGGCAUCUCUUUUAUGGAUACCGUACAUUACAUCGUUAAAAGUUUAAUAAAAAAUAACGGUAUCCACGAUAACGAGCUAUCGUGUCAACAAGAGGAAUAACGAUGGAAAAUGGAAUCAGUUACGGAUUCGCAGGCCUGCGGAGCGGAAAAAACACACCUUGUAUUUUCAGGUGCUGUAUCAUAUAAUAUGAAAUCAAAUACACGACGUUUUCGCAGAUGUUAAAUUGCGACAGAAAGGAGGGCGUGCAAAUCAAUGAUAUUUGUCAUACCGUAUUUCUGCGGGAUAAACAGGAAAUAUUGUUAUGUUACCAUUUCCAUCGAUGUACUAGAGAGAAAGAAAACGCGAGUCUCAGCGCCGAUGAUCAUGUUAGUUAGUUUUCAAUGCCACAAUUCUCUAGUCAUAGGAAAUUAACGUUACGCUAUUAGAAUUAAUAAUGAAUUCUUUGCAAUAUUAGCGAAAUUACGUAAUAACGAUACCAUUUAUUUAUUUUAUCCUAUAUUCCUUUCUUUUCAUACCACUUAAACGUGAAUGUCUGGUACAGACGACGCGUGACAAAAGUAACGGUUAACCUGGAAAAUCGUGUGCCUGUAGAAUUACUCCUUAGCUGUAGGUUCCUUGAACUUGUACUUGGGAAAUGGCACGCAAUAUUUUGUGAAAAUGUCUUUGGAAGAAUUUUUCAAGGAGGUACGAAUCGUUUCUUUGCCUAAGAAGGUUUAAUGUAAUUUUUCUUUUAUAUUCUUAAUCGCGUGCAAUGUUUGAAAUUCUAAAUCGUUAACAAGAAGUGAUUACUCAAAUGCAAACUCUUUAAUUAACAAUCUUUUCCGAUUAACCCAUAGCGAUUACUUAUUACAAUUACGAAGCUUUUUGCUAGACAAAUCUUGUAUCAAUGUGAUUCUCAAAGAAGAAAACAAAAACUGUUAACUAUAAGGGUUGCGUGUAAUUUAAGAUUAUAUUAUGAAUAAAUACGUUUCGUAAUAAUCCAAGGAUUAUUUUUUGAAAGAAAAAAAAAACCGUUAAUCAUUCCUUGCCAUUGAGAAAAUGUAAUUUCAUGAGUUCCCAGCGCCGCACUCGUUCCCAUAGAAAAGUCACGAUUUCAUUGGAUCACAUAAAAACAAAUGAGCUUCGUCUAUGGAGAUGUCCGUCAUUAAACUCGCCAUCGGCACAAUGGACGAAAAAUGUGAAAUGGCAAAUCUACGUGGAAUAAUAAAAACCAGCGACACUUCGAAAUACAAUUUACGCUGCAACAGAAACAUCAGCGAGAAGAUGACUAAGAAGGAUUUCAUAUACGAUAUUCGAAGACCUAUAUCUGGAACGAGAAAGCUCGUCGAGGGUCAAAAGCGACAGAUAGUUCUCCCUAUACAACUUCGUAGAAAAACCGUACCAGAUUCCAAGAUGCCUCAAUAUACAGUGAUAACUACAAAGAACGAUAACGGCGGAGGAGGGGACGCGGGAAUGAUGCCAGAAAGGAGGGAUCUUGGAUUUGAAUGUAAUUUCUGCCAUGAGCCCAUUGCUACCCUGUUGUCACUGUCGACUCAUGUCAAGUUUCACUGUCAAAGGUAUUGCAAGAUGUGUUACUGGAUUCUGCGAGAAGAUGAGACAAUGGACCAGCACAUUGAGCAUUCGCAUCGAAUUAGGCCAGGAAUUACAGUCAAUCUGUGAGAUAUUGAAAAUUAAUUAUUUUUCUUUGUUCUUGUCGUAAAUACAAUUUCGUUGUUUCCUUUGCACUGUCCAAA